UUUAAGUGCACAUAAAUUACCAAUGGAACCAAUAUAAACACCAAGUCGCAACAAAAAAGCAAUAAUACAUGUAUAAGAUUAUAAAACUUUGAACUUUAUUUACUUCAAUGGAACAAUAAAAAGGCACAGCCAUAUGUGAAUACAUUCAACACCAACAACAAUAAAAUUUACAAUAAUAAGAUGUCGCUUACUGUGAAAAUUAUACAAUUUCAAUUGCCCAAGGCAAAAUCAAGUCUCAUUGGACGGGUAGAGUUUCGAGGAGUUUCUCACAUAACCUCGGAAUUGAGUGGUAGCACGAACAAUAUCGAUGUUAAUCAGUCCUUUAUUUGGCCUCUGGCACGACCCGCUAAUAACGAUGAACCACUCAUCGUGGAGCUGCGCACACAAACAACAAAAACCCUAUUGAAAACAGGACUUAGCCAUGCUUCGGGUGGACUUGUGGGUGGCACAAGUGGUACCAUAACCAGCAGUAGCAAAUGUGUUGGACAAUAUGUGGUAUUAAUGCAAGGUCUGAUACAAAGUGGUUAUAUACAUAUUGAGGACCAACUAGUUGAUUUGGCUACAAGUAAACCAAUACAGGCAAUUGUGGUAUUUGAAGCAAAGUAUGCGUCUCCUGACGACGCCGCUGGCAAUUUUGAGCCGACAAAUUUGGUGCGUUCUAUACAGGAACAACAGAAUAUUAGCUGCAGCAGCCACAGCUUGGAUGAUGAUCAACAGAUGCUACUUGACAUCGAACAGAACAUAGCGAACCUGGAGCGCAGUCUGAAUAGAGAAUCCGGUGGCAAUGUGGCCACUGGGAGUAGUGGCGCUAGUGGUAACGAUACUUUUGUAUCCCAAAAGAAGCGCCACUUACUAAGACGUGUCAUGUCGGCCGCACAAUCUGGCGCUUCAACAUCAAGUCGCCAAAGAACAGAAUUAAAAUUUGACAAAUUUGGCAAAUCGCCAACAGCGGCCGCAUCAACAAGUGCUAACGCAAUGGCGGUUGAUACAAAUAUUGCUGGUAUUGCCAGUAGCAACGGAAGUCCACUGCCCAAGGAAAAGAAAAUGUCUUUACGCACAGUAAGAAAUAUAAUGCGCUUAGGACGGAGUAGGCAACAAACACAGUCACGCGAUAGUAGCACCGAGGAUGAGGGCAGAUCUCCAUUAAUAUUCGAAACUGACGGCACACUGGCAACGACAACUGCCACUGAAGGUGAAACUGAUGAUGCCCAACAACAACGUCAACUAUUAAGUGGUACACCUGGUGCAGUUGACAGUGAACAAUCGAAUCAAUCAAGUGAUAUGGAAGAGUUGCAACAUUUCGAUCAAGGCAAAAUGAUUAAGGCAAUGACACGCACAGCGGACCAUUUGAAAUCUCAAGAUUUUCAAGUAUGCAUCACAAUAAUUGAAGCACGACAAUUACCAGGCUUAAAUAUGGAUCCUGUAGUUUGCAUACAAGUCGGAGAUCAAAAAAAAUACACAAGUGUGAAGGAGAGCACAAAUUGUCCUUACUAUAAUGAGUAUUUUGUUUUUGAUUUCCAUAUGCCACCAGUCAUGUUAUUCGAUAAAAUUAUAACGUUGUCGGUCAUACAAUCAAGGAAGUUUCUACGUUCUGGUACGCUUGUGGGUUCAUUUAAAAUAGACUUAUCAACCGUCUAUGAUGCGCCUGAUCAUCAAUUCUAUCAUAAAUGGGCGUUACUCUCUGAUCCUGAUGAUUUCUAUAGUGGGCCUAAAGGUUAUUUAAAAUGUGAUAUUGGAAUUAUUGGAAAAGGUGAUACCGUAAAGGUGCCUCAAAAAUCUGAAAAAGAUCCCGAUGACAUCGAAGCUAAUCUACUGCUACCAGAUGGUGUGCCUAUAGAACGUCAACGUGCUAAAUUUAUAGUUAAAAUAUAUCGAGCUGAUGGUUUACCCCGUAUGAACUCAUCUUUAAUGGCUAAUGUGAAAAAGGCAUUCACAGGUGAAUCAAAGGACUUAGUAAGUCCUUAUGUGCAAGUUUCCUUUGCAGGAUUAAUGGGUAAAACCACUGUAAAGAGGAAUGCAUAUGCACCUAUUUGGAAUGAGCAACUUGUAUUUACUGAAAUGUUUCCACCUUUAUGUCAAAGAAUUAAGAUACAACUGCGUGACGCCGAUCCUAUGAAACCCUCAAUAAUUGGUACUCAUUACAUUGAUCUAAAACAAAUAUCCAAUGAUGGAGAGAAAGGUUUUUUACCAACAUUUGGUCCCUCAUUUAUACAUCUUUAUGGUUCUACACGUGACUAUACAUUGCUGGAUCAACAUUCAAAUCUUAAUACUGGUCUUGGUGAAGGAGUAAGUUAUCGUGCAAGACUACUAAUAGCAAUACGUACAGAAAUAACUGAUAAUAUUGAAAUAAGCACGGAGAAAAAUGUUGAACUCGAACCAACUUAUCCCAUAUCAGAGUCUUCCUAUUCAAGAAAUGAAGAAUUUUUUUUAUUCGGUUCAAUUAUUGAAGCCUCAAUGUUGGACAAAAAAAUUAGUGAUAAAACUGUAUUCUUCGAGCUUAGUAUGGGAAAUGCUGGGAACUCCUUGGAUGGACACAAUGAGAGCUUUUCAACAGCAACCGACGAUGGUGAAGAUGUGUGCGUCCUGGAGACUGUCGAUACAACUUCUUUUAGUAGCACUACAAGUGCUUGCAAGCCGAUAAGUCACGAUAAAUCCCAUUAUUAUUUACCUUAUUGGGAUUAUAAACCAUGCAUGGAUGUAAGGUGUACACUACCUGAUUUAAGACGUAGAAUGUACAAUAGCAAUAUGCUAUCUAAAAUGACAGAGAAAUUGGAGGAUGGUUUACAAGAAACAAAACAUUACAUCGAAGAUGAGGACCCUAAAGCAGAAGUACGUUUGCGUACAACGUUGGAAGAGUUAGCAGCCACUUGCGUCCGUUAUCAAACUAUUACCAAGACAAAUGCUUUAGGUGCUGGUAGUGGUAAGACAAAAUUGGAUAAGGAACGCCAAAAACUAUGUCAGCGUGAAAUUGAAAGUUUGGGAAACUUAGCACGUAACUUACGCGCUUUGGUAACAAGAAAUUCCUUAAAGGAACGUUUCAAAACAGCACAAAGCUACCUACAGAAACUUAAGUUUUUAAUUGAUGAUCCACAACAUUCGCUGCCCGACAUUUUUCUUUGGUUAAUAGCGAAUGGAAAACGUUAUGCCUACCACCGCAUGUCAGCGAGAGAGUUGGUCUACUCCACAACCGAAGAAGAAUCUGGAGUUCAUUGCGGCCAAAUACAGACUAUAUUUCUGAGAUUGCCCGGCAGACAGUCCACAGGUCCCGCAAGUUGGUUUAUACAAGCUAAACUAUCGAUAUAUCUAUGGCUGGGUGUAGUUACCCAUAAAGGACAUUUCUUUGAUGGUCUACCAAUUGGUUAUGAUUUAUCGCACGAGCUUAGAAAUGCAGAGCGUCCUGGUGCAAUGGCGCCAAAUAAUAUACAUUAUCUGGAAAAAUAUACUUUUCAAUUACGCGCCUAUAUAUAUCAAGCCCGUUCCCUCAUUGGUUCAGAUGCUUCAGGAUUGAGUGAUCCAUAUGCUACAGUUUAUAUUACUGAGUUUGCGAAAACGACACAAGUUAUAGAAGAAACACUGAGCCCCACAUGGGAUGAACUAUUAGUUUUUGAUGAAAUUCUAGUUUAUGGCUCGAAGGAUGAUAUUAAAAAAGAUCCACCUACAAUAAUAAUUGAAAUCUAUGAUCAAGAUAAAGUAGGUAAAUCUGAGUUUAUUGGUCGAGCAAUAGCCAAACCACGUGUGAAAUUGCGUGAAAAUGCUUAUGUCACACCAUCACUGGAAUGGUUUGACAUAGUGCGUGGUCCAGACAAUGCUGGAGAGUUGCUAGCCGCAUUUGAAAUGCUUGAAAUUGGUUCGAGUGAUAUGCCACGUUUAACGGAACCAAAAUCUUUACAAACAGAAGUUAAAAAGGAUCGUAACGCUCCACCAACUCCUGGAGCUAUUUUUCCUGUACCGAAAGAAGUACGCCCACAUUUAGCUAAAUUUAAACUCGAGGUACUCUUUUGGGGAUUAAGAGAUCUUAAACGUAUACACUUUAUGUCUGUCGAUAAACCACGCAUUGAUGUUGAAUGUUCCGGUAAAAUUCUUAGUUCCAACAUAAUACAAAAUACAAAAAAGAAUCCGAAUUUUCCAAAUAUGCUUAAAUCAAUUGAGUUGGAACUACCUUUGGAAGAGACAUAUGCACCACCGAUUACAAUAAGAUGUGUUGAUUGUCGCUCAUUUGGGCGGUACACAUUGGUUGGCACACAUCAAAUAACUUCAAUUCAUCGCUACAUGUAUAAACCACCGCCUAAGGAAGACAUCACUAAAUACAAAACCAUUGGAGGUCAAAUAAUACUGUCAGCACCUUUAACUGAAGAAGGCUUAAGUAACUUAGUUGAUAGCUUUGGUAUGCAGUCAAUGCUUGCAGGUAAUAUGCAACAUCCUAAUGUAAAAAACUAUUAUGGUGGACGUCGUUCAUCAUGCGACCAAUUUACAAUGUAUGGCGCAGCUUGCGUCACAAAAAUGGUUAAGAAACAGACACCGAAGAAGAAAUCUCCACUUAUGGGUCAUCAUAAAGACGAUAAUAUAAUUAAAGAUCAAGAUGCAGAUGAUGAACUCAGUCGCGAUUGGUGGACAAAAUAUUUUUGGUCUUAUGAACGUCUCAUCGAUGCUACAAAAGCAGAAAAAACUUCUGUAGCUGACAGAUUUCUCAUGGCGCCACAAAACGUUGUUGGUAAUACUAAAUCCGGUAUCAGGGGAAAUAAGUUUGUACAAAAAUUAAGUCCAAAAAGUAUGGCAGGACUAACACGUGGUAAAACUGACCCACAAAGUACACAAAUUUCACCACAUCAACAGUUAUUAAAAAAUGCUAUGAAUUCAACUGCGCUAUGCCAGAUUUAUCCUAAUGAGCUAGAAGCACAGCAGGAUUUCAAUUACUUCCGUGAGUGGUUACAUUCCUUUGCACUUUAUCGAGGCAAAAAAACUGGUGAUUCUACCGAAGAUGAUAAUCGCACUGUUGGUUUUUUCAAAGGUGCUAUUAAAGUGUAUAAACUACCACCACCGAAGGGUACAGAGUUGCCCAUACCAAACUUACCCGCCAAUGAUCCAAUACAUGUAUUGGUGCGCGUUUACAUUAUUAAGGGAACUGAUUUGCAUCCCAUGGAUUUGAAUGGUAAAGCCGAUCCUUAUGUAGUAUUACAUUUGGGCAACAAACGCAUAUCUGACAAAGAUAAUUACGUUAGUAAGCAAUUAAAUCCAAUAUUUGGAAAAUGCUUUGAAGUAGAAGCCACAUUUCCGCAAGAUUCAAUGUUGACAAUGCAAAUAUUCGAUUGGGAUUUAGUUGGUUCAGAUGAUUUGAUUGGAGAAACGCGUAUUGAUUUGGAAAAUCGUUUUUAUAGCAAACAUCGAGCGACUUGUGGUUUAUCUUUGCGCUAUGAAGACGGUGGUUAUAACCAAUGGAGAGAUCCACUUAAGCCUACGCAGAUACUUUCGAAAAUAUGUAAAGAAAAUAAACUAGAUACCCCACAUUACUUUCAAGAUCGUGUAGCAAUUGGUAAGUAUUGUAUGACAUUUUCGGAUGAAGAAGUUAUAGCAUGGAAUGGUCCCACCACAUGUAAAAAUCGGGACGAACACUUAGCUCUAGCUGUCUUACAUCGCUGGGGUGAAAUUCCAAAAGUCGGCUGCAAGCUUGUACCAGAGCAUAUAGAAUCCCGUCCGUUAUACAAUCCUGACAAACCUGGUAUAGAACAAGGUAAAAUUGAAAUGUGGGUUGAUAUGUUUCCAAUGGAUAUGCCAUUACCUGGACCACCUGUGGAUAUAGCACCAAGAAAACCCAAAGCAUAUGAACUGCGUGUUGUCAUCUGGAAUACUGAUGAUGUGGUGCUAGAAGAUGAUGCCUUCUUUACUGGCGAGAAAAUGUCAGAUAUUUAUGUUAAAGGUUGGCUAAAAGGUCCUCAGGAUAUACAAUCCACAGAUAUACAUUAUCGCUCCCUAACCGGUGAGGGUAAUUUCAAUUGGCGAUUCAUUUUUCCAUUUGAGUACUUAGCAGCGGAAGAACGAAUUGUGCUAUCAAGACGUGAAUCAUUAUUUAGUUGGGAUGAAACGGAAGUAAAAAUUCCAGCACGUUUAGAAUUGCAAGUUUGGGAUGCAGAUCACUUUUCAGCAGAUGAUUUUCUAGGUGCCAUUUCCUUUAACUUAAACCGCUUUCCACGUGGUGCGAAAACAUCGAAGUUAUGCACUUUAGAUAUGCUGAAAACAGAUAAUGUACCCACAGUUAAUAUUUUCAAACAAAAACGUGUACGCGGUUGGUGGCCGUUCUAUAUCAAAAAGCAGAAUGAAGAAAUGGAAUUGACCGGUAAAGUUGAAGCUGAAUUUCACUUACUAACCAAAGAAGAAGCUGAACAAAAUCCAGCUGGUUAUGGACGAAAUGAGCCCGACCCUUUAGAGAAACCAAAUCGUCCAGAUGCUUCAUUUAUGUGGUUCCUAAAUCCUCUCAAGUCUAUAAGAUAUAUUGUUUGGCAUAACUAUAAAUGGGCUAUACUAAAAGCCCUUCUUCUUUGUGGUAUUGCUUUAUUCUUUAUACUUUUCGUGUAUUCAGUACCAGGAUAUUCUGUUAAGAAAAUUAUUGGAGCUUAGAUUUGUAAAAAAAUCUGAAAUCUGUGGAAUUGUAAAAUAAAUGAGUCAGACGUCAAACGGGAGAGUGUACCUGAUUUUCAAUAUAGAAUAAUCAUAUCGGAAUGAAACAUAUAUAUACACAUAUAUAGACAUAUAUACACUUUAGAUAGGUAAUAGUGACAAGAAGUUUUAUGGUAACGUUUCAGGGUAAAAAAAAUGAGAUUUAAUUGAUAUAAAACAAAUGUAACAAAAGUUCAAAUUUUGAGGUUAAGGUUAAGGACACACAGUUGGAACAAGACACAUAUACGUACAAAUAUAUACCUACGUACACUAAAGAAUUCCUACAAAAAUUGUAAAUAUUUAUGAAUGCAAAUCUAUUUUCAAGUAGAGCACAUCUAAUAUUUAUUAAAUUGUUUUUCUCAACAUAUAUUAUUGUUGUA